GUGGACUAUUUUCUUGUGGAAUCAUAUCUGCGAUGACGGAUUUCAGCAUUGCUCUAUACAAUAUAUCAUUGGGAAUACAUCUUUUAUAGCGGACCAAGGAUGACAAAGAGAAUAGGAUACCGAGACUGGAGAUGGCAGGCGCUUUGGUGGCAUCAUUUCUUUCUCUUGUGGAGUACAAUAGACGGACAGACUCGAUACAGCAUCCCAGAGGAACUAAAACAGGGAUCUGUGGUAGGAAAUCUUGCCAAGGAUUUGGGUUUGGGGGUAUCUGAGAUUUUUGACCGUAAGCUUCGUGUCGCCUCUGAGGCUGGUGAGCAGUAUUUCAGUGUGGAUGCGGGGAAGGGUGAGCUGGUGGUGAAUGACAGGAUAGACAGGGAAGCUUUAUGCGGACAAAGCACCAGCUGUUUGUUGCCUUUACAGGUUGUAAUUGAGGACCCAUUGCAACUUUUUCGUGUUGAGGUAGAAAUACAAGACAUUAACGAUAAUGCGCCCAAAUUCCCAUCAAAUGAUAUAACAUUGGAGAUUGCGGAAUCUAUGGGUUUAGGGGUUCGUUUUCCAUUAGAAAGCGCCAUCGAUCCAGAUGUUGGCAGUAAUUCACUAAAGUCAUACACUCUCAGUAAAGACGAAUGUUUUAAUAUUAGAAUUAAAGAAGUUGCAGGUGGAAGAAAAGUUCCUGAAUUGAUUUUAGCAAAACUUUUAGACAGAGAGAAAAAGUCUGUUCAUAAGCUUUUAUUGACAGCUCUAGAUGGAGGCAACCCAGCGAGAUCUGGGACCUCCCAAAUAUCUAUUACAGUCAUUGACAGCAACGAUAAUGUUCCAGCUUUUGAGAAAACAUUGUAUAGAGUCUCUGUUGCUGAAAAUGCAGCAGAAGGUGCAUUGAUAGUACAAACAAAAGCGACAGACAUGGACGAUGGUCAAAACGGAGAAAUAGAAUAUUUGUUUGGAGCUCAUACACCAGAUACAAUUUUGUCUUUAUUUAGUAUUGACAAUAUAUCGGGAACAAUAUCUUUAAAAGCAAAACUAGAUUUCGAAUCAACUGCAAAUUAUGAAAUAGACAUAACUGCGAAAGAUAAAGGUAUUCCGAGAAUGGAGGGACAUUGUACUGUACACGUUGACGUUUUAGAUGUUAACGACAAUGCUCCAGAAAUAAUAUUCACCUCUCAUCCAAAGCCUGUGCGUGAAGACUCGAUUAGUGGCACCGUAGUAGCUUUGCUCAGUGCCCGAGAUCUUGACUCCGGUAAUAACGGCAAAGUGAUGUUACAUCUUCCUAAGAAAUCCCCAUUUGCCCUAAAACCCUCGUUUUCUCAUAAUUACGCACUAGUUACCAGUGGUGUUUUGGAUCGAGAAAAUGUUUCUGUAUAUAAUAUUGAGAUAACAGCCACUGAUUCAGGCUCUCCUCCUCUGUCCAGUAAGAAAAUUAUACCUGUCAGCAUCACUGAUGUAAAUGAUAACCCUCCUGUAUUCACUCAGCCCUCCUAUAAUGUGUAUUUAAAAGAGAAUGGGGUACCAGGCUCUAUACUGUACUCAGUAUCAGCAUCUGACCUGGAUUUUGGUGAAAACGCUAAAAUAUCUUACUCUAUACUGGACUCUAAAGUGCAGGACGUUUCUGUCUCAUCUUAUGUUUACAUUAACUCAGAUAACGGCAGCAUCUACAGCAUGCACUCGUUUGACUAUGAGAAACUGAAGGUGUUUCAGAUUCAGGUUCAGGCAAAGGACCAGGGCUCUCCGUCUCUCAGCAGCAACGCUACUGUCCAUGUUUUUAUCCUGGACCAGAACGACAAUGCCCCCGCUGUCAUUUACCCCUCCUCCGCUGCCCUGGGCUCCCUCUCUCAUCAGAGGAUGCCCCGCUCUGCUAAACCGGGUCACCUGGUUACUAAGGUGACGGCCGUGGACGCUGAUUCGGGCCAUAACGCCUGGAUCUCCUACAAACUGGCGGAGGCCACAGACGCCUCUCUGUUCACAGUUAAUCAGUACACAGGAGAGGUGAGGACUAAACGCCCUGUAUCCGAGCAGGACGACUCCUCUCAGAGGCUGCUUAUAGAGGUCAAGGACGACGGGGAACCGGUUCAGUCUGCCACAGUCACGGUGUCCAUCCUGCUGGAGGACGGCCUCCAUGAGCCCGUCUUGGACCUCCGACAGAAAACGAUGGAGCCGAGUAAGAAAACCGGGAGAAUCACCCUUUAUUUGAUUCUCUCUCUGGCCUCGGUGUCCGUGCUGUCUCUGGUGACUUUUCUCAUUUUAACGGUUAAAUGCAUCAGGAGCAGCAGAAGCAGCGGUAGUUGCUGCAUGAGACGGAGCGACUGUGAUGAUUACAAGAACCCCAACAGAAACCUGCAGAUUCAGCUCAACACUGAUGGGCCUAUAAAGUACGUGGAGGUCCUGGGAGGAGACAUGUUGUCUCAGAGUCAGUCCUUCAGGUCCUGUAUGUCUCCAAUGUCAGAGUACAGUGAUUUCACUUUGAUUAAACCCAGCAGCACCACUGACUUUAAGGAGGUGAUCAGUGUUCUUGAUGCUUCUUUACCUGACAGCACCUGGACCUUUGAGAGCCAGCAGGUGAGCAGAAAACAUCAAUUGUUCCUAGUUAUUCAGAAAAAAACAACGUGGUUAUGUCUUUAA